AUGUGUAAUAUUGUGGGGAAAACUGCAUAUUGUGGUUUCAGCGCACAACAGAAAUCUGUUUCUGUGUGUAUCUAUCCCAUUCGUAUCCACCUAAUUCGGGACCCGGAGAAAAGGCGGCCACCACGAGCUCUUUAUGUUGGGCGCCAUAAGAGCGGCCAAACAAUUGCAUUUGUUGAGGAUAUAGCAGCUCCUCGUCUACCUUCCUUCGACCGUACCUCAAAUAUCUAUUCUCGACUGAUCGACUUUGGUAACCGACCGCACAAGUAUAUGAACCAGUACAACACGGAUUUCACGCUAUACGACCAUGUAUAUCAGCUACUUUACCUUGGUCAACCAUGA